UUAUUUUGGGAUGCCAAAGUUAUUUGAUUUAAUGUUCCAAUGUGGUUCUGUCAGAGAAGGUGAAAGAAAUGAUGAGGAGAGUGUGUUGGAAGGCCUCCAGCCUCAUGCAAAUGCCAAUCUGAAGAAGUUAGAGAUUUAUGGAUUCAAAGGCAAAAGAUUUCCAGAGUGGAUUGAGAAGAUGGCAGUACGGGAUGGACCUCAAGCCUCUUGGGUAGCACUUGAAAACUUGAUUCAGAUAACACUCGAGAGGUGCUCAGAAUGUGAGGAAAUCCCACAGCUGGAGCACUUGCCAAAUCUCAAAUCUCUUUCUUUGAUAGGAUUGGAGAAGGUGAGGUUCAUAAAUUCUUCAUUUUCUAAAUUAAUGUCCCUCAAUAUAGAUUGCUUAGAGGGAUUGGAAUGUCUGCCAGAUUGGUUGUUUUAUAAGAAUCAGAAUCUCUCAAAGUUGGAGAUAAGGCAAUGCCCCAAGUUGAGAGAAUUACCAGAUGGACUGGACACCCUCAAUUCUCUGGAGAAGUUGGUUAUACAUGAUUGUCCAAAUCUGAAGUCAAUAGGGAAUCCAAGUGGCAGAGAAGGACAAUCACAAGGAAUCCUACGCGAACUCGUGAUUGAAAGGUGCGAAGGGUUGAUGGUUUUGCCACGUCAAAUGCUAGAGUCAUGGGCGCCAACAAUCGAGUGUCUCGAAUUGAAGGGAUUAAGCAGCCUAAAGAAUCUGCCGAUGGUAAUUGGCUGCCUCGCUAAGGCAGCUCAUCUCACAAAUUUGAAAAUUGUUGGUGUUCCGAUUGCUAGUGUCAAGAGUUGGGCUUUAGGCCGCUCAAGAGAAUUAGUGAUAGAUGUGAGUGAGGAGUUGUCAAUGGAGAGUAGUGUUGGCAUGAAAGAGCCUGUGGAUGCCUUAUUGCAAGGAUGCUGCAACUCACUUACUAAUUUCACCUUAAGAGGGGUGCAAAAUUGGGAGUGGUUACCAGAAUCAAUUCAACAUCUCACAGCUCUUAAUGUGUUAAACUUGCAUAAUUUAGGGGUAGAAGAAUUGCCAGAAUGGUUGGGGAACCUUCCAUCCCUACGGAGCUUAACUCUAAAUAGUUGCAACAAGUUGAGGCAUCUGCCCUCUUGCUGGGAUGCAUUGGAGGUUUUAUAUAUCGAAGAUUGUGGAGAAUUACACAUUGAUCCUGCAGAGUGGCACAACAACUCUCCCAAUCUCACCAUCUGGGUUGACGGCCGCCAGAUUAAACCUUGCAGCAAGAAUUAGGAAGGCAGCAAUCCAGCGCCGGCUGGAGCCCAGCUACCACUGGAACUGGAGCAACCCAACGACCGUUGGAACCGGAGCUGGAGAUGCAUGAGUAUAUUCAUUUUGAAAUAAUGAUCCAAUCCAAUACACUAGGUCUAGGUGUUGAUGGAGAUGCACAUGAUGGUGUGUAUGCUAACAUUCCUCUGUGAAUAAAAUCAUAGCUACUUGAAUGACCAGACCUAUAGUCCACUACUACAUUAGCAUCAUUCAAAUAUUGCAAGCAGUUUUCAUGAAUUUAA